UCUUCGAGGGCACUUAGGCGGGGGCCACAACGAAUCCGGGAGUUGGCAGGCAGGACCCAUCGCGAGACGAAGAGUGGGGGCUGUGGGAGGAGGCACCUGCGAGGAAGCCGGUGAGGCCCAGGAGGCCCAAGGCGGAGGCCGGUGAGGAUGGAGUUGCUGUGCGCAUCUCGGCUGACUCAGCGGGCAGCGGCCCAAGCUCUGGCCCCUCCCGUGCUGAGCCUGGUUCCUAACACCCUUGCCACCUCCCCCCUUACCCCCACCAUACCCGCCCGCCACUCUUCCCCGUGUUUCUCACAAACAGGCGUCUCUUUCCCUUUAACGGGUCCGGCCCCGCCCCUGCCCUACCCCCAGCCCCCACUGCCCACCCAGUGCUGAUCUGUCAGUCACUGCCCCAGCCCCAGCCGGCCAACCCUCUCCACCCUGCACUUGGGCAGAGGCCCCGGCACCCUAGCGUCCAUCUGAGCUUCAGAGACAGCAAGGGCACUCCUGGGGCCCCCGCCGGUCGCGCUCCCCCGGGAUGCGAGUCCCUGCGCCGACGCCCGGCAGAGGCCGGCACGGGCGCGGCUACUCCCCGUGCACAGGCAUGAAGAUUUCCCGGGGGGCCCGGGGACCCGCCGCGGCCAGCUCCGCGGGCCCCUGAGGCCGUCGCCCCCAGCGCUCCGCGGCUGGGCUCCCAGAGUUGCCUGGGGCGCUCUCCCCAACCGCCAAACCUCCUGCGGUCCUCCUUGACCCGGACCCAUGGAGCCGGCGGUCCUGGCCUCGCACAACCUCCCGCACCACGAGCCAAUCAGCUUUGGCAUCGACCAGAUCCUGAGCUGCCCGGAACCCCCCGGGAGCAGCAUAGGCCCCGGUCGGUCGGGCCAGGGCCAUGGGGAGAGUGUGGCGUUCUCGGGUGGAUUUCACGGAACCUCAAGCUACGGCCCCGCGGGAUCGCUGGCCCCCCUACCUGGCAGCUCCGGCAUGGGCCCAGGUGGCGUGAUCCGCGUCCCGGCGCAUCGUCCGCUGCCAGUGCCGCCGCCUGCGGGAGGUGCCCCUGCGGUGCCUGGACCCUCUGGCUUGGGCGGAGCCGGGGGCCUAGCGGGACUCACCUUCCCUUGGAUGGACAGCGGCCGCCGCUUUGCCAAGGACCGGCUCACGGCCGCACUCUCGCCCUUCUCCGGGACGCGCCGCAUAGGCCACCCCUACCAAAACCGGACCCCUCCGAAGCGGAAGAAGCCGCGCACGUCCUUCUCCCGUUCUCAGGUGCUGGAGCUGGAGCGGCGCUUCCUGCGCCAGAAGUACUUAGCCUCGGCCGAGAGGGCAGCACUGGCCAAGGCCCUGCGCAUGACCGACGCACAAGUCAAGACUUGGUUCCAGAACCGGCGCACCAAGUGGCGGCGCCAGACGGCGGAGGAACGCGAAGCGGAGCGGCACCGCGCGGGCCGGCUGCUCCUGCACCUGCAGCAGGACGCCCUACCCCGGCCUCUGCGGCCGCCGCUGCCCCCCGACCCACUCUGCCUGCACAACUCGUCGCUCUUUGCGCUGCAGAACCUACAGCCCUGGGCCGAGGACAACAAGGUGGCUUCUGUGUCUGGGCUCGCCUCGGUGGUGUGAGCGACGCCUGCCCAACCCGCCGAGCGCUCUUUUCCGGACCGAGGCGCCGCAUGGAGCGCCGGGCUCAGGGCCACGGAGCGCGCGGCUGACCAUGCCGUGGCUCUGUGGUAGCGGAGCUUGUGAGGAAGGGCUGGCUUUGAGGCUAUCGUCUAGGGCUCCUGGGCCACUGCCGGCUCCCAGGCUAGCGUUGCACGGUAGCACCGUGCUUAGACGUGGCCUUUCCCGCCAUUUCCCAGUCAACUGUGGUUGCACCCCAGCUGGAAUCCGAGGAGCCGAGAAGGCGGGACCUGCAGUAUGGUAGCCAAUGAGGUGAGGGGAGGGGGAGGGCUGGCCAAUGGGAGCUGCUCUCCUGAGGACUACGGAUUCUUCCGAGGGUGGGUUAGUGCUGGGGUUCUGGACCCACAGGGCAAGCUCAAGGUGGUGCUGGGAUGGGACGGCGGCAGCUCGCACGCACUGCCUGGGCCUAUACCAAAGGUGUGAUGGAAGGAAAGAAGACACCAAUGACAGUGGUAUAACGGAGGAGGUGCUGGAGGGUGAGUCUGACUGACUGUGACAGGAACCAGAGGGUUAUCCACACUGGGCAUCUCAUUCUUCAACUGUAAAAUAAUCGCCAAGGAUACCUUCCUGACUUUGAACCUCAUGUUGUCGUGUGUGUUCAACCCGCUGACUCCGUCCUCCUCCUUGAGCCUCACAACGUGCCUGGGCGGCAGGCAAGACGGAUGCUUAUACACCCCAUGAAAGACACAGUCACUAAUCUGGCUCUGGUGUCCUAUGGGGACAGAGAGGGGGGGGGGGAGCAGUGGAUAAAAUUAAUGGGCCCUGUGGAGUUAGGGUGAGCAGAAUUUGGCAAAUAAGUAGGGAUAUCUGAGAAGAAUCAAAGAUAAUUCCAAGGUUGGAAAUGUAGAGGACCAGGAGAUCAAUGGUGUUGUGGAUAAUAAAGAGGAAUGAAAAGACUGGAGCAAGAUAA